CCGGGAGUGGGCGGAGCGUGGCCGGCGGCGUCACCACGUCGGCCGGGGCCGGUGGCGGGAAGCUCUUUUGCUGACGAUGGAGGUGGAGGAGACUGGAACGGCCCCGGCCCCGGCCCCGGCCUCCGCUCCCGGCAAGGCCCCCGGGACUCACUACGAGCUGCCCUGGGUCGAGAAGUACAGGCCCACGAAACUGACGGAAAUAGUGGGGAACGAGGACACCGUGAGCCGCUUGGAGGUCUUUGCAAGAGAAGGGAACGUGCCCAAUAUUAUCAUAUCAGGUCCUCCAGGAACUGGUAAGACGACCAGCAUUCUGUGCUUGGCCAGGGCCUUGCUGGGACCCUCCCUGAAGGACGCUGUUCUGGAGCUGAAUGCUUCCAAUGACAGGGGCAUAGACGUUGUAAGGAAUAAGAUCAAGAUGUUUGCCCAGCAGAAGGUCACCCUCCCCAAAGGCCGGCACAAGAUCAUCAUCCUCGACGAAGCAGACAGCAUGACCGAUGGAGCGCAGCAGGCCCUGAGGAGGACGAUGGAGAUCUAUUCCAAAACGACCCGCUUUGCCCUCGCCUGCAAUGCCUCGGAUAAAAUUAUAGAGCCGAUUCAGUCCCGCUGCGCCGUCCUGCGGUACACGAAGCUGACCGAUGCCCAGGUGCUGGCCAGGCUGAUGGCGGUCAUCGAGAAGGAGAAGGUGGAGUACACGGACGACGGGCUGGAGGCCAUCAUCUUCACGGCCCAGGGAGACAUGCGGCAGGCAUUGAACAACUUACAAUCCACCUAUUCUGGCUUCGGCUUCAUCAACAGUGAGAACGUGUUCAAGGUGUGCGACGAGCCCCACCCGCUGCUGGUGAAGGAGAUGCUGCAGCACUGUGUGAGCGCCAACAUCGAUGAGGCCUACAAGAUCCUGGCCCACCUCUGGCGUCUCGGCUACUCCCCAGAAGACGUCAUUGGCAACAUUUUCCGCGUGUGUAAAACCUUCCAGAUGCCCGAGUACCUGAAGCUGGAGUUUAUCAAGGAGAUCGGCUACACGCACAUGAAGAUAGCGGACGGGGUGAACUCCCUGCUGCAGAUGGCCGGCCUCCUGGCCAAGCUGUGCCACAAGACGCUGGCGCCCGCAGCCAGCUAGAUCUGGGAAGCCGGUGCAGGACUUCGGGCAGCCCCCGAGGGCCUGGGGCCGCGUCCUCCCAGGCUCCAGUGACCAGGCCUGGCUCAGGAGGGUCACUUCGUGGGAGUCGGGCCUCCUCUUGCUGUCCAUGAGACAAGGACCGGACGUUUGCCCCAAAGGAGGGGACCUUGAACAAGGGGCAGUUGGGACAGGCUGGGCCUCCCCACCCCCCGCCUUGUUAGAAUGUCGAAAAUAAAUAUCAGAAUUUGGAGAAUCUUGUCGUUAGAAAUGUCUCCUUGUUUAAGGAGGUCUGUUUAAAGACCCACCCACCAAGAGAGGCCAAGGGCCCCUCACAGCAUCAUCCAGACCCAGUUCCUGGACGGACUAAGAGGGCCCUUUACGUCUGCUUUCUCAGCUGCAGCCGUGUCUUCGGGCCCCUUUGGGGGGUGGGUCCCUCCAGAAGGACAGAGGCUCCGGCCUUCCCCAGAGGGGCUGCUGGGUCCCUCCCUACCCAGGGAAAUGCCAGGCCCUCUGGGAGAAGAUUGUCAAGCUCUGCUCCAAAAACCUUCACAUUUGGGCCUCUAGGGGCUUUAAAAAUAUUUCCUAUCGAAUUGGGUUACAAGGACAGGAUGAUGGAGUGAGGGGGGAGCCCCUGGGGACAGUCCUUGGGGUGGGUCCCAGGCUCCCUGGGUGACCCUGGGCCAGUCCCUGCCUUUGUGCA